UCUGAGGCCUUUACUCUGAGCGAAAAGGUGAGUUCGCUUGAAGAUGAAAAAAGUGAAAUGUGAAACAUUAUUACAUAUCUGAAAGUGAAAGAAUCAAAAGCUAAAGGUAGGGCUUGGAAUGCAGAAGCCAAAUGCAAUUUAUUAACAGAGACCAGUGGUGAACUUAAUGAAGAGCACAUACUGAAAUUAAUGAAGAGCUCAGACUUCUUAAGACGCAGUUAACAGAAUCUGACAUGUGGUUGCAACAUGCAGUGGCAACUGCUGAAGCUAGCCAGGAGAAACAAAACAUGUUGAAUUCGACUAUCAUGCAUAUGGAAAAUGUGAUAAAGGAUCUAAAGCAGAAGGUUUCAAACGCUGAAAGUCAAGCUGACAGUGUAGAGGAAAAGUGUAUAAUAAUAUCAGAAUCCAAUGCAGCACUAAAUGAUAAAGUAAGCUUUCUGACGGGUAGAUUGAAAUGCAUGGAGGCAGCUUUGUAUCAAGCGGAGGAAGCAAAAAUAGCUACUGCAACUGUUAUUGAGUACAUUGCACUGUUAUUAAUUGAGUACAUUGCAAAUGAAUCUGGUCACAUAUUUCAAGCAGUUUUCAUUGGAGAUGCAAUUUUCCUGAUAGAUGUUUAGAAAUUUGGGCAGAUUGGGAAAGAACCUAUAUCAUGAGGUGAUAAUUCAGUGAAGCCUGUUGAUCCA